CGACUGGGAUGGAGAGUGCCAGCCUGGGGGACUGCGGGGGCCCCCCCUCGGCCACCUCCCGCGAGCGCCGAGCCCCGGAUCUGCCGCCUGACCUCUGAAGAUACCAUCCCACGGACACAAAUAGAAAAAAGGAAAACAAGCCUGUAUUUUUCCGGCAGAUAUAACAAAGAAGCUCUUAGCCCACCGAGACGCAAAGCCUUCAAGAAGUGGACCCCUCCUCGUUCGCCUUUUAACCUCGUCCAAGAAACCCUAUUUCACGACCCAUGGAAGCUCCUCAUUGCGACUAUAUUUCUCAAUCGGACCUCAGGAAAAAUGGCAAUCCCUGUGCUUUGGGAGUUUCUGGAGAAGUAUCCUUCAGCUGAGGUAGCCAGAACUGCAGACUGGAGAGAGGUGUCACAACUUCUUAAACCAAUCGGUCUCUACGACCUUCGUGCAAAAACCAUUAUCAAGUUCUCAGAUGAAUAUCUGACAAAGCAGUGGAGGUACCCGAUCGAGCUUCACGGAAUUGGCAAAUAUGGCAAUGACUCUUACCGAAUCUUUUGCGUCAAUGAGUGGAAGCAGGUGCACCCUGAAGACCAUAAGUUAAACAAAUACCACGACUGGCUUUGGGAAAAUCAUGAAAAAUUAAGUCUGUCUUAGCACCCUUUGACAUUUUCAAACUGAUUUUUUUAGACAUUGCUGUGCACUUUGAUUCUUAAGAGCUCCCUUAAGCACAGGCGUGUAGAUGUUAAUCAGCCCAACAAGAAAACUAAUUCUGUCUUCCUAAUGCUCAUGCCACUGACAGAGCUUUGCUACUGAACAUGCCAGAACACAUUUUGAGGUUUUUUAAUAAAUUGUGAUUUAACAACAAUCCUAAAAAUGCAUGUGACUUUUCCCAUAAUCAAAUGUGAUUUUAAAGUGGAAAUAACUUUUCUGAAUGAUCAAUAAUACAAAUUUCUGUAAACCUGGUGUAAGGAAAAGUUAGCCUUUGUUCUUAUCCUAUAAAAAUGCUAUUAUACAAUUGUCAUAUUAAAAAGGUACAAAAGAGUUUGUAGCCAAACAUGUAGAGAAGACUUCGUGUUGGGCAGCUGAUUAUAAAAAUAUGUUUAUUUGAAAAAGCUAAUCCCCAAAGAAAUAUAAGGGUUUUUUUGGUCACCCCAAGAUCUGUUGGCUUGGAGGUGGCUUCUGGGAAUUGGAGACUUGACCCCCACAGCCUUUGAUGGCCUGGUGUGACUAUCUGCCUGCAAAUCUGCUUCAGAAAUUCACACAUUUUACUUUGAUCCCUUUGUGAAAACUGGAGCAUUUAUCCAUCUCUUCCUGCUGCAAGGCAGGACCUUUAAAGAUGUGGCUAUUUUUAAGAUAUGAUAUAAUGUUAUAAUCCAAAUUCUGAAGCAUUUUCCUUAGAAAAUACUCACCAAACAAAAGAAAAUCCUUAAGCAGUCUCAAUUACCAAUCACCAUUUUAAGAUAUACUUUGAAAAAUUAAAUUGAUCAAAUACAUGAAGAAUAAAUUGUCAAGGAACCAUCAGUGGCGUGUGGACAGAAGCAGGACAGUGUGCGCUGCAGGCCUCCCUGGUGGUUUUCACUACAGAGAGUGAGUUUCCAUUUUUAGGAAGGAAUGGAUUUUAGCCUGACACCGAGGCAAACAUCUCCCUCAUAACUCCCUGUCACACUUUAACAGAUGUCAAAGGAGCAGUCACCAAGUGCAAAGCCAUGCUGGAGAGGGCACAGCUGAGAAGAGAGAAGGGCACACAAUGAAAGGAAACAAGAGGAGUAAGGUCUGGGGACAAGAUGAGCAGACGCCGCAAGUUAAAGAGGGCCUCUGAGGCUCUGGGCUAGAGCUGGGGUUAGGGUAAGGCCAGCUUGCCCAGCUCAGGCCAGCAGGGUGGCUGGGUGCUGUGAAAUCAUCCCCAGCAUCACUUCUCCACAGAAGUGUGGGAGGGGAGGUUGCCUGACCUUUGUACCAUGUUCCUCAUCUCUUUAGAAUAGGGCUGUGGUGCCCACAUCACACAAUUAUGAUGAUUAUUAAAUUCACACAUGUAGAUGUUUAAAUGGCUUGUGAACAUGCUACGUCAGUGUGGCCCUAGGGAUGUGGGACUGACUCAGGACGCAGUUGACAGGGUCAUAAGAUAGUGCAUUUCAAUACAUACGGUACCUUCCACAGAGUAAGAACUCAAGUGUGGGUUUUUAAAACUUUGUAUUGCAAGGGGCCUCCCUGGUGGUGCAAAGGGUUAAGAUGCAACCUAUGAAGCUAUCCGCAGUCUCUGCAGCACGAGUUUGAUCCCCUGGCUGGCCAGGGAGCUACCCACAUGGCUCAGCAGACCUCUCCUGUCUCGCCCGCUGCUCUCCUCAGCAGUGUACUUAAGUCAAUCUGCCUGUUCUGUUCCCCAUUCUGUCUCUGGUGAAUCCUCUCACUCCCCCACACCUCUAGCCUAUACCCCAACUCUUGUAUGCAUAAAUAAAUAAAUCUUU